AGAACAACAUUCAGCGUAUAAAAGCAAGGUGUCUUCCUAGUGUCCCCUUCAGAUUUAUUUGAUCCCACAUCACAUCCUCACGAACAAUGUGUUUCUCCUGCGUCCUCGCCGUCGUUGCUGUUUCGACAGCAUCAAUCUCUGCAAGUGACGCCAGCAGUGAAAGAUGUCCAUUCUUUUCCUUGCAAGAUACCGCCUGCUCAGCCUGCGUAAAUCUCUGCGUGAGUAUAAGUAGUUUGCCACCCGGAUUCAACCACGUUAAUUGGGGAGCUUUGAGUAAGGUGGAUGUAUCAGAAAUAAGACAUAUCAAGGGCCUCUGCCUUCAUACUCAGAAGGCGGGGUUUGACAUCCUCGUACUUUGAAAGCAGUGGAUCAAGCUUGCUGGCGUUGACAAAUGUGUAUCUCU